AUGCAGCAGACUACGAGGCCAUUGAACCAACACCGUCCGUCCCUCUCGUCUGCCUCUUCUACUGGACUUACCACACGACAAUCCCACUCCCGUAACAACUCGCACUCCUUCUUGAGCGGCGCUCUCAAUGCCAACCAUCGUGUCACCCGCCGGAAAUCCAUGACAAAUACCGCGGCGAACACGGCGGCCUUGGCAGCGGCCAUUCAAGAAGCUGGAGGAGAUAAGGUUGUGCCCAUUGCCGUGAGCUCACGUCGGAACACGGCGUCCAAGAGCGCUGCUGCCCGCGCCGCCAUCGUCGGGAGUCUACCGUCUCCUCCUGCGAGCUUGCCAAUGCAAAAGUUCCACUUGGACGGCAAGAUGGACGUCCACGAGAGCGCCAUCGAAGACGAACCGAACAACGCGUCCGGCGACGAGGGCGACAACAAUUCGCAAAAGGCUCGCAUCCGUCGCGCCAGUGACGGGCAGCCCCUUGUCAAGGAGGGCAGCAGGAAGUUCAAUCGCAUCGAGCUCAAGUGCGAGACGUGCGGAAAGGGAUACAAGCACAGCAGUUGCCUGACCAAGCAUUUGUUCGUUCCCUUCCCCAGCCCCCGCAUCCCCAACCUACAGUGGGAACACACUCCCGAGUGGUCUCUGACCUCCAAGCUGCUUAUCUCCAAGCACCAGCAGGUUCAGCUCCUCGAGGCUGCCUCUGUUCUGCUGGCAAUGAACACUGGCAAAGACGAGGCCGACGCUGCCACCCCGCCGGAUUCUGCCAAAGACUUCCCAAGUGACCAAGAAUCUGCCUCCCCGGCAGCAUCCGGAUAUUCAGACGAGAGACACAGCUCUGCUGAUACCACUCCUCCGCCUCAGUUGGAAGGAUUCGGUUCGUCGGAUCGAUCGUUUGCGAAAAGCUACGGUUCUGCAAGCGGUUUCGGUCGGUCAUAUCAGUCGGCACCCUCCACCAACCCUCUCGUAACGGGCAGCAUGCCCCGCGAGUCUGGCUUCUCUUCCCACUUCCGCCAGAACAGCCAAGACCAGCGUCCGCCGUCGUCGGGAAGAAAUGCUACCGGUCAAGAAGACCGGGAUCUUGCCGCUGCUGUCGAGCUCCUUAGUUGCAGUUUCAACAGCAACAACGGGCGCAAGGUCACACUACCCUCCGAUGCUCCUCCCGUACCUCCCGUGCCCGCUCAAUAUCUCGACCAAGCGGCGUCGUUCUCUAGCGCGGGCUUCAGCGGCGGAUUCAGCGGCGGGUUCAGUGCCGGGUUUCUCAACAGCUUCCCUAGCAGACAGCCCGAGAGCUUCACCCGAGGCGAAGUCCGUAACGCCGAUGUCAAGAUGGAAGACAGCGACAGCGUUAUGGAUGACGACGAUUUUGACCGUCGAUCUCGAUCUCGAAGCGACGAAGAUGACGAUGGCGUGUUCGGGCGGAUGGAAGAGUAG